AUGUCAAUUCACCACACACCCCAAACCAAACCCUAGAGAUAGAUAUCAGACGGAGAGAGAUACGGUGGGAACGGGUGGUGGUUUGGUGGUGCUACGGUAGCGUCGAAGCGUAGUCGUCACCUCCUUCUCAUAUGACUCCUGAUUUCGACAAAGUUGAGGAUAUGGAUGCUCAAGCUGAAACGAUCGAGUCACGACUACAAUCUUUCCUCGGUCAACUUAAGUCAGAGCUAGGCGUUCUUGAUAGAAUCAUCCACAAAAAUAAAAACCAACAUCGCAGAAGCUCAUACUUCCAAUACUUGUUGAAGGUAAGGCGAGACUGUAAGCUUCUUCAAUCCACUAACUUGUUGGAACUUGUUAAUUCCUCUUUUAUCGUCAUCAACGGGAAUCGGCCUAGGCAAAAGGUUCAACUCUUGGAAAGUUUGAAAAGAAGAAAAUUUGAUGGUGGAAAACAUAAUUUUCUGGCGCGACUUCUGGGUGCUGCACGUCUGCUUUCACAGAUGGCGGAGCCAAUGCUGAAGGCAGCUAUAGAGUUAUCUACUUUGCUUGCUCGAUCUUUUUUUACGGGAUUUUCUACGGCUCUGUUGGCUCUGCUUGCACGCCUUCGAGUUUUGACUCAGCAAAUACUACUCGACGUUGUUGCAGCAUUCAACAUGGUUUCCUCCUUAUCUCGAAAGCGACAAUCCAUCAAACUUAACCAAGAAGGAAUUGAGGUCUAUAGAGAAUACUACCCAACAAAUGAGCAAGUUGUCUAUUUGGAAUGUGUAUGGGAGACUGACAAAUUCGUUUUACUCGAGACAAUGAUCGAAGCCGAGAACACAAAUUCCGAGACAGUAAACGAUGGUGUCGUAUGUCAAGGUUCAUCUAUAGUAGAGUAUGAAAGUAUUGAAACCACUCUUGGCGUCAAUAAACCGGCGGAUGCAACUAUGGACGAAACUUGUGAAGAUGACCCUGCUACCAUGAGGACCGAUAAUGUUUCUUCAACCGACGGUCUUAGUAAUGAUUGUAAACAAGUUGAAGAAGCGGAAGACAUGAAAGAUCAAUCAGGUGUUCUAGAACCUUCCAUAAAGAACCCAGAACAGGAACAGAUUACAUGUUCAAGUUUUCCGGCAGAUCAAGAUUUACCCAAACUUAAACCCAAGAAAGUGGCAUUUAUAUCAGUGAAGAAGCCAGAUGCUUCAAAUGCCAAUGACACAGGGCUUCUUAAUAAGUUAAGUGAUAGUAGUAGGGGUAAUGGGGAUAAAGGAGAUUCAUUUUUUAGUUUGCUCACUGGGGGAAUCUAGAAGAAUAAUUUUAUUUUUUUGGCAGUUGAGGUAGUUGUAUGGGGGUUUUUUGUUUCAUACAUAGAUGUUUUAGGUAAAGAAAAUCCUCUUAGUUUUUGCUCCAGUAACUAUAAGGUUUUGUAUUGGUGAUCCUAUACGCAUUGAAUGUGUUGACUAUGGUAAUCGUAUAACAUGUAGUUAAAUGUGACACACGACGGUUAUGUUUUCGCAUAACCGUCUCUUUUUUUUCUCUC